AUUGGUCGCAGUGAAGUGCUUCUAUCGAGUGACGUUCUACUAGCGAUCGCAUCUUCUCAAUAUUUUCAUUACGCAAAAUGCAAGGUGUUAUGUCUUGAAAUCCUCUCGGGAAUAUGUUUGAUCAACGAUGGUCACGAGAAAGUGUUGCGUGCACUGAGUGAGGCGAGUGUGAUUCUCGGUGAGAGGACCCGAUUUCAGACGAUUCUCAACGAUCUACAUCGGAAUUAUCGUUCUGAACGCGAAACCGAGCGAGUUCGCACGGCUGCUAUGAGCCUUAUUAACGCUCUGCUUAGUACUGGAUCAGCUGAAAAUUCCUUAGAGGUUCGUAUGCAUUUGAGAGUCGAAAUGCUAACGCUUGGUCUUCAAGGUGUACUCGAUUCAAUGCGGGACUCUUCAUCGUCGACACUUUCCGAUCAUAUCGAUUUCUUUGAAAUGAGUCGGCAAGACGACGAGCAAAAUUUCUUGAGAGAUGAAUCGCGGAGUUCUACACCAAUAGAUUUGGAUAGUGCAAGCGAGAUUGCCGAGUAUAUCGCCAACCGAUUGGCGUCAACUCUGGCUCUGCCACACUUCCUAUCAAUGCUUCAACAUCUUAUUCAUAUCCCUGUUGAUGAGAAAAGCAUUCAUAUUUGGAGGCUCUUCGACAUGAUCCUACAGCAUUUGAGCCUACAAACAACACUGAAUGCAGUUGUAGCCGCAGAUUUAACACAGUCAGUCGUUCAGAUUGAUAUGGAUGAAGUUCUAUCAAGGUUACGAACUCAACACGAUUAUGAUAAACUGAAAGAAGCGCAUGAUGAUCUGGAAGAGGAACUGAGAAGAGAACGGAACAAUUCUUUGGAGCUACAAACUCGGCUAAGUGAUCCUGAUGGACAAUCCCUGUAUUCAAGAAUGGCUCGUCGAUUUAUUUUACUUGAAUGUUUCAGACUCAGUGGAGAGUCUUUCUCACCAAGCGAUCCCAGCCAUUCACCUCGGUCCUUAUCCCUACCACCGAUUUGUCCACCGAUUGGCGCUCCCCCACCGCCGCCUCCACCUACCUUGGAUCAACUGCGAACAUUUGGUGAUGGACAUGCGACGAGUAGACGUGGCGCUCAAUGCACACUGAAGAAGAAUGUGCCGAAACCGAGUGGUCCCAUGAAAUCGUUGAACUGGACUGCAAUCGCUGACGACAAAAUAGCCGGUACGAUUUGGGAGAAGAUUGACGAAGAGAAAUUGUAUCAGCAGCUCGAUUUGGCCGAGUUAUCAGAGAACUUCUCGAUGGCAAAGGGUGUUGUUGAAGAAGCUGAAUCAGUGAGUGAAACGUUACGACGUCGAAGCAAAGCAUCGUCUGCUUCAGCGAUCAGCGUCAUCGAGCCAAGACGUGCACAAAACUGUACGAUAAUGCUGUCAAAGUUGAGGCUGUCCAAUAAACAGAUUAAGAAGGCACUCCUGUCAAUGGAUCAAUAUGAUGAAUUACCUCGAGACAUGUUAGAACAGAUGCUGAAGUUCGUUCCGACCAAAGAAGAGAUUGCGCGUUUGAGGGAAACCGUUCAAAAAUAUGGCGGCUCCUCAUCGAUACUAGCAAUUGCUGAUCGUUUCCUCUAUGAAGUUAGCAAUAUCUCUCGAUAUGAGCAGCGACUACGAUGUUUAUUCAUCUUAACAACUUUCAAAGAAAGACUCGAUGAUGUUUCUACAAAUAUUCAAGCCAUAUCGAACGCUUCAACAUCCGUUGCCGGCAGUAAACGUUUCAAGUCUCUUCUUCGACUGAUUUUGGCAGUAGGGAAUUACUUGAAUUAUGGGAAACGUAAUGGCAAUGCUUCAGGUUUGUUAUGUUAA